AUGGCGUCGGCUCAAGAUGAUGAUAUGUAUCUCUUCCAGACCGGCCUCGGCCAAACCCCAGCAUUCGCCGGUCAAGAUUUCGACGCAUUUUUGGAAACCCCAGCUCCCGACGAUGACCAGUCGGCAUCGCAUGCCGGCUUCCUCAACCCCAAUGACUUGACCAUAAAACGAGAGACGGACUCCUUUAGUCCGGUCCCUCCCAACGAUGCGUUUGCGCGCGCGUCAAGAGGGUCUGCUUCAGGAUCCAGCAGCUCAUCUUCCGAGUCCCCUACAGAUCACACACGCCACAUGUCUGCUGCUUCGACAGCCUCCCCUUCAGCACACGACACAAUUCAAAGCACUUGGGGAAGCGGGAUAAACGGAUUUUCAAUAUCAUCAGGUGACCACUUAUUUGAGGACACCGCCAUGGCUGGCCUGGACCAAGACUUCGAGGCCAGUAACCAGCAGAUGGCUUCCGAUUUCGACUUUGAUACGGCCGCCAGCACACCGAGCGGGUUUGACCCGACAAACAAAAACAACAAUGUCAAAACUACACUAAUGAGCCAGCCUUUUAAGCGACAUGCCGAAUUUGCCGGAUUUGGAAAGCAGCCUUCAACUGCACCACUACCCAAUGGGCAACCCCAGUUCUUCUUUGCCGGCUCAAGAGAAGCAUCCCCCUUAAAUGCGAUGCUUCCCUCUGCCCAGGGGCAGUCCCCGUGGAGCAAGCACUCUCCAUCAUCUGGCUUGGAGGAGACCUUCAAUCACAUUACCAUGAACGGCGAUUCGCCUGGUAACGCGACAUUCUCCCCUGAACUACAGUUUUCGACCGCUGGGUUCAGCUUUGAAGCGGACUCGAGUGCGACCCCUUCCACCUUUACUAAAGACAUUUCUUCACCACCGUCCACGGUCAAUUCGGCUGAAGGUUCCCCGAUCCUGACAGUGCAUCCCACCUCGCUCAAGUCCCGCGUGGAGACUCAAAUACCGAUCAAGAUGACCCUCUCGUCACUUCCAUCCGGCGUCAAGAAAUUGAGACUCCCACGACAUACAGUCUCCAAGCCCAAGUUUCUGGCCAAGCCAGAAGUUCCCCGAUCACCAGAGAUUCUGGAGCUCCAUACCUCUUUAGUCUGUACAAGUGCUAUGCAAGACAGUGUGAAGUUGCAGCGAGCAUUGGCACGCGCUAGGGGCGAAGAACAGGCCCCUCAUACUCGGUCAAGUCCUGCUUCCACCGAGUCGAGCGCCUCGAAAGAUGACGAGGAAAAGCCUUUAAAUGGUGGUGAGGUUCGCAUUUGUGCGGGUUGCAUACAACGCGAGAGGAAAAGAGCCUCCAGAAAGAAGCAGAAGAAGCCCGAGGAAGAAGAGCUCUUUCAGAGGGAUGAAGAAAGGAGAGUAGUCGUUUUCAACACCAACGAAGUUAAAGAAUGGGCAGAGGUUCCUCGUGAACUCGACGUCAACGAAGCCCCAAACACCACGUCUGCUUCAGGAGCGGUGCAAGUGGAGCUACCGAUGCGGAUAGCUUGCUACUGUCGGCAUCAAAACGAGAAGAUGGGUUUCCAAGUAAUAUUCACAAUCAAGGACUGCCGAGAUAAAGUCAUCGCUCAGGCCAUGACCAACCCCAUUAUGAUCACUGAUGACCACAAAACUCACAACCCACCAGCGGCGAAUCCGAAUCAGCCUCCUGCAGUGCCGACUCCCGGACCCAAAUUGCCAGGAGCUGGUGUCUUCUCUAGUACUGAUCAAGAGCUACAGUUUCAGGCGCAAUCAGUCAAUCCAAAAAUGUCCCGGCAGGCUUACUCCAUGACUGACCUACAUGCGUUGCAGCAGAACUUCGCCCCCAAUUUCCCAAUGGCCCCAGCGAAUACUCCAUAUGCCAUUCCGUCGGCCGCCUCCAACCAGACAGUGGCCAACUUUACACCACGAAAUCUCUCGAGGCCUGCCUCUCCCAGCGGCCCGGCAGGUCCAACUACGAAGAGAAGGAAACAUAGUGGUUCUGGAAAGUUGCCCUCUGGCUUGACAAUGACUCGCCUCGAUACUUCGCAAGCACUACCUGGGUCUUCCACUAUGCCCAAUACCGCUGCCUCGUCUCCGUACGCUCCGAACAUGGCAUCGUUCAUUGGACCAAACGAUCGACCGUUCGCAGUCCCUGCUGCUCCUCGCCCUGCCCCAUAUGGCAACAGUCCCCCAACGCCCAAUGGGGUUGAUCCCUCCUUUGCCGCCAACAUCAACCGCUCAAUUAGUCACGAAAAUCUUCCUCGGCAAGUAAUGAUAUCGGCACCACCAUCUCGUCAGCCGAGCAGGCCUGGGAGCCCAGGCUCCGCAAGGAACAGCUUCGGAGCAGCUGACGCCGCCUUUGGCCAGGCGGUCAACAAUCAACUAAUGGGACAGCCUGUCCGAAGGCCACCUCCACUGAUUCACAAACUAGUCCCCGCUGAAGGAUCUGUGACUGGAGGCACCGAAGUCACACUGCUGGGAAAUGGCUUUUAUCAGGGUCUGGAAGUCAUGUUUGGCGACACUGAGGCGACGACCACGACGUUUUGGGGAGAAAAAUGUUUGAACUGCAUUGCACCUCCAGCUCUGCAGCCCGGCGUCGUACCGGUUGUAUUCAAGCACGAUCACCCUCAAUAUUCGUCAAUGCCACAACAAUCCCAAACGAGACCCUCCCUCUUCACUUAUGUGGACGACAGAGAGCUGGAGAUAUUCCGCCUAGCACUACGUACUCUUGGCAAGCAGCUACAACAUCCGACUGAUGAUCCAUACUCGGCUGCCCAGCAGCUGCUGCAGGGGCAAUCUCAUUCUAUGUGGCUCGGUCAUGGCAAUUAUGGAAUAAGCGGGGGGCAUCAGCGCGUACAUGGACAUGUUGGAGGGGCUCCAAUGGAUACGCUUGAGUUAGAAGCUACGAUGUUGCGGGUUCUGGAGCAGAUGGACACCCAAAGGCUUUUCAGAGCCCCGAGAUUCGAUUUACGCCGCCCAUCCGGGCUCACACUGCUCCAUUUGGCAGCGUCGCUAGGCCUCACGCGGUUCGUUGCGGGAUUACUCUCCCGGGGCGCCGACCCCAACAUGGUCGACAACAAUGGCCACACACCAAUGCAUCAUGCUGCAAUGAACGGCCACACGCAUGUGAUACACCGACUUCGCCUGACAGGGGCUAACCACAAAGCCCGCAGCAUCCGCCAGUUCACCCCUGCUGAUCUCGCAACCUCUUUACUUGCCUAUCAAGCAACAAUAUCGCCAAUUGAACAUUAUCGAUCAAGAAGCGCUGGAGGAACACCAAUGCGACUGCAUAGCCGGAGCUCGUCUUCUCUUCGCUCCUUCUGGGAGAAUGCAUCGAAUCACUACGCCACCACGGACACGGAUGGGUCGGAUGAUUCGGAUGAUUUUGACGACGAGACACCAACACAAGUCUCCUCCGAGGAACCGGAUCUUUCCCAGGUGCUCGGGCAGUCCAAUCGGAUGCAACCUGUCAGUGUUCCUCAGUCGCGAAGAGGCAGCAUGCCGCCAACCACGUCUAAAGGAUCUAGUUUCCCGCCGGAGAAUAUCCCCAAUGCGACGCCGGCAUUGGCUCCAUCAGCGUUCAUGUUAGCCUGGCGAGAUCAUUUGAUAGCUCAACUACAACAGUUCAAUGAGAACGCUCAAUCAGUGAUGCCUAGCCUCGCUAAUCUCAAUGGACCUCUUGCUGCUAUACAGGAGUAUCAAGCAUAUCCUAUGAUGCGCCGUGUAAGCGCGCUCUUCCCUCAGCGCUCAGGUCCUAGACAGCCACAACCUGGUCAGCGUGAGGGUUGGUGGGAGACUCUGACGGGCAGAUCAUCUCCUCCGGCUCCAUCUUCGCCUCCCGCCUAUAGCGACCUGUAUCCAGAAGAGAGAGAAGGAACGGACAGAGACUGGAGCGUCAAAAAGGCAUCUACGCUGCAAGCAGUAGCUGACGCAGCAGCGGAUCUUCAGUUUGAGCAGCAGGCGGAGAGUGAGAGGGCUGGAACAAGCUCGACCUCUAGAAAUGGUGCUGUCGUGGUGAGAAAGCCGAUCGAAAAAGUUGAGCUGAGCCGUGAUCGAAAAUUGUUCUUCUUCUGGAUCCCACUACUCGCCAUUGCUCUGGCCCUGAUGAUCCGGAGCUCUGGUCUUACGGAUAUUUUCGCGUUCUCGAAUGGCCGAACACAGCAUCUCGCCAAUGAGGUUGUCGGUGUUUUCUAA